GACUGUCCCGGCCUCUUCGCUGACGUCGGCGCCGCUGGCCGGCCCGGAAAAGGGCUCCUGCGCGCGGCCGCUCGAGGGCCGGAGGGCGCCCAAGGCCUGGCCCCCCGAAACCGCGCCUCCGCCCCGCGCGAGGCAUCGCCCCUGGGGAAGAUGGAAGGAGAGAAGCGGCCGGAGCCCUACUCGGGCCUGUUCGCGGACGGGCACCUGGUCCUGUGGACGCUGUGCUCGGUGCUGCUGCCCGUGUUCAUCACCUUCUGGUGCAGCCUUCAGCGGUCGCGCCGGCAGCUGCACCGCAGGGACAUCUUCCGCAAGAGCAAGCACGGCUGGCACGACACGGACCUGUUCAGCCACCCCACCUACUGCUGCGUGUGCGCGCAGCACAUCCUGCAGGGCGCCUUCUGCGACUGCUGCGGGCUGCGCGUGGACGAGGGCUGCCUCAAGAAGGCCGACAAGCGCUUCCAGUGCAAGGAGAUCGUGCUCAAGCCGGACGCCAAGGCCCCGGACGCCAUGCCCCACCACUGGAUCCGGGGCAACGUCCCCCUGUGCAGCUGCUGUGUGGUGUGCACGCAGCAGUGCGGCAGUCAGCCGAAGCUCUGCGAUUACAGGUGCAUUUGGUGUCAGAAAACUGUCCAUGAUGAGUGCAUGAGAAGUAGCUUAAAGAACGAAGCGUGUGAUUUUGGAGAAUUCAGAAACCUCAUCAUUCCACCCAGUUACUUAACCUCUAUUAAUCAGAUGCGUAAAGACAAAAAAACAGAUUACGCAAUGCUAGCCUCUAAGCUUGGGAAGCAAUGGACUCCAUUAAUAAUCCUGGCCAACUCUCGUAGUGGAACUAACAUGGGAGAUGGACUAUUGGGAGAAUUCAGGAUCCUUCUAAACCCAGUCCAGGUUUUUGAUGUAACUAAAACUCCCCCCAUCAAAGCCCUACAACUUUGUACUCUUCUUCCUUAUCACUCAGCUCGAGUACUUGUGUGUGGAGGGGAUGGGACUGUGGGCUGGGUCCUGGAUGCCAUUGAUGAAAUGAAGAUUAAGGGACAAGAAAAAUACAUCCCACAAGUUGCAGUCUUGCCUCUGGGAACAGGCAAUGAUCUAUCCAAUACAUUGGGCUGGGGCACAAGUUACACAGGUGAAAUCCCAGUUGCCCAGGUCUUAAGAAAUGUGAUGGAAGCAGAUGGAAUUAAACUGGACAGAUGGAAAGUUCAAGUAACAAAUAAAGGAUACUACAACCUGAGAAAACCCAAGGAAUUCACAAUGAACAACUACUUUUCUGUUGGACCUGACGCCCUCAUGGCCCUCAAUUUUCAUGCUCAUCGCGAGAAGGCACCAUCUCUGUUUUCUAGCAGAAUUCUAAAUAAGGCUGUUUACUUAUUCUAUGGAACCAAAGAUUGUUUAGUGCAAGAAUGUAAAGAUCUGAAUAAAAAAGUUGAGCUAGAACUGGAUGGUGAGCGAGUGGAACUGCCUAAUUUGGAAGGUAUUAUUGUUCUGAACAUUGGAUACUGGGGCGGUGGCUGCAGACUAUGGGAAGGGAUGGGAGAUGAGACUUACCCCCUAGCCAGGCAUGACGAUGGUUUACUGGAAGUCGUUGGAGUAUAUGGGUCUUUCCACUGUGCUCAGAUUCAAGUGAAAUUGGCAAACCCUUUUCGAAUAGGACAGGCACACACAGUGCGGCUGAUUUUGAAGUGCUCGAUGAUGCCAAUGCAGGUGGAUGGGGAGCCCUGGGCCCAAGGACCCUGCACUGUUACCAUCACUCACAAGACACAUGCACUGAUGCUGUAUUUCUCCGGAGAACAAACGGAUGAUGACAUCUCUAGUAACUCAGAUCAAGAGGAUAUCAAGGAUACUGAGUAGCUGGAUGAGGAAAUUAAAACUUACAAUAGAAUGCUCACAAACAAGUAAAUGCAUAUUCAUCCAAAAGUAGAAAUUCCCUAUCAACUAUUUAGUCUUCAUUUCACCAGUAGUAUGAGUACACAUUUCUGUAAAUAUCAUUCCAAAAACAGCCAAACUUCCAGUUGUUUACUAAUGCCUGUUUUUUGGUUUUGUUUUUAGCAAACACUUUGAUCAUAUGGUCCUCAUUUAAAAUGUCUCAGAACUGUACAUGAAGGUGAAGUGUCUGUUUCGUGGCUUUAUGCUUGAGAGUGAGGCUCUUGAACCACACGUUUGAUGGACAUAGUAUACAUCCAACAAGAUGUGGGUGGGAAAAUCACUUCCAUCUUAAUUUUUAAUGUGGUGACACCAUAACAUUUUCAAAAUUAACUUGCUUUUUUGACAGGGAAUGGUCGGUUUCCAGCCAGUGUGGUUAAGCUGGGCCCUCCUUCAGCAUGUGCCUCCUAAGAGUUCCUACAGCCCAGCAUCUAGUGGGUCCAUAGUGUUUAUUUCCAGGAAACCCUAAAAAGAGAAAUGUAAAGGAAAGACUAUACUGGAAAUUUUUGUUACGGUUUUUAUUUUAGGAAUACUCUCAGACCCCCAAAUGUUUGGUUAAUCCCGGUAAUGACCAUGUUGAGCUGCUGAAAUUCAGAAUCUUGCUAGAACCCAAGGCAGCCAAGAGAGAGCCACACAGGCGAAUUGGUGAAAAUUAGCAUAAUACUUUGGAUUGAAAGUUAUGGGUUCCAAGCUGGACAGUUCACCCACUCACUUCUCUUUUUAUUAAAAGACAGUGUAAUCCAAGAAAAGUGUAGUAAAGAAAAUUUACUAGUCAUAUUAAUUUCUCAAAAACAGUUUAAUAAUGAGUAAUAAGUGGUCUUCUUACAGUAGUCUUUUAUAGCCAAAGUACUUAACAGAAUUUCCCCUUGGGGCAAUGAUAUUAUCCUCUGCUAAAAAUGUUUCUAUCGUAUUUAUUUUUAAGAGAGAGAUGUAUUUUUUAUUUUAUUUAUUUUCUUUAUUGUGGUAACCUGUGUCUAGUGUUUAUAGUAUAUAGCUUUAUUUAAUAAGUUUAUUGAUCACAUAAAUUCUAGUCACAAUCAGAAAUGUGGCCUAUUGACUAAGUAACUAAAACCCAUAAUUUAAUUCCCGUGACAGAUAUUCUCAUUCUUCAGAAAUACUCCUCAAUUUAAAAGGGGGUAGUGAAAGCACUGACAAACUACUCUUAGAUAAUUGAAUGUUUUGUUUCACUGUUUUAUUUGACCCUCAAUUGCCAAAACCUUACUGAAGGGCUAGUCCCAUGGUUAUCCAUUAGGGGUGCUCUUCUGUUGUUAACCAACCUGCUCCGUCCUUCUGGAGUUCAGCAGACCCACUGGGCCUCCAGCCUGGUGUUUCUCUAACAAAUGGCCUGUCUUAUUGCUCUUGCAUAACAUUAAUCUCUGAAAGAUUAAAAUGUGUCCCCCAAAACAACAUCAGCUCUCCUUAAGGAUCUAUUAUGAUUCUGUCAUCCAUGAAUUACUGUAAACUUAACUUUCAGUCACUAAAGGUAAGGCCCAGGAACAAUCUACUGCUGAAUACAAUGCUUAGUACAUUAUAUAAAGUACUUUCAUUCUGCUUAAAUUAACUCCCAAAUCUCAUCAGGAAAUGUUAAAGUCUAGUACUGAGAGAUUUCUGUGAGCAGAUCUGGUCUUACCUUAUUCAUGCACCCAUGUAGUGAUGGGAGAUCAUGUUUUGAGUAUAAUGAGUUUUAUUCUUUAAUUCAUGGUCAGAAUUGUUACACAUUAUCACCUUUUACAAAUAUGGCUGAGCAAAAGUUAAGUAAGCUUACAGUUGUGAGUUGGCAAAACACUUUAUUCUUGUAUUUAUUAAUUAUUGUAUUAUUUUUCCAUAUAAACUAAUGUAAACCUACUUUUGUCCACCCCUGUAUACUGUUAAAUUCACUUUCAAAUACAUAUAUAGGCAUGUGUCUUGUUUUAAAUAAUCUACAAUUUACAAGACUCAUGUUUACAAGUUAUAUAUUAGGGUAGCGAUUGUUUACGUUACUGGGGAUUCUACAGAUUGCAAAAGAUAAUCUGCCCCAAGAGUUUCCUGUUUCAUUUGGAAUUGUCUUGAUUUUUUUUUUUUUUUUCCAGAGAGGAAGAGAGAGUGGGAUAGAAAUAGAAACAUCAAUGAUGAGAGAGAAUCAUUGACUGGCUGCCUCCUGCACACCCCACACUGGGGAUCAAGCCUGCAACCCAGGCAUGUGCCCCAACCGGGAAUGGAACCAUGACCUCCCGGUUCAUAGGUUGAUGCUCAACCACUGAGCAACUGGCUGGGCUUGAUUUUUUUUUUUUUUUAAUAGCUUCUAUAGUCUCAGGAAGAAAUAUACGAAGUAAAGCAUAUCUCCAUGUCUGUCUUGACUUCUCUCAUCUUUUAUUGUCCUCACACAUUCCUAACUCCUGGUAGACUUAGUGGCUUAAAUACUGAAUACCUGGCAGCUCUAAUGGAUCCCUUAUGUAAGUAAAUGGUGAUCAUUCCCAUGCUUGGUUACGUUUAAUAGAAACCAGACUGACUUGUGUUUUAAAGUACAGGUUGUCUAAUGGGAAGAGUACAUGACCUUAAGUGCGUUUUAGGCUUCUGCAACCAUUAGCUGUGAACCUUAAUGUCACUAAUGUUUAUAAAAAGUUUAUAGUCAAAAGUAUUUAUUUUUAUUUUUUAAGGUGUGUCAGAAACAUGUAUAGUAUUUGCUUUUUGAAAUGUGUUUGCCUACUUAGAGUUGUAAAAUAUACUGUGACUCAGAAAUUGUAAAGUCCUUUUUGCACUGUAAAAAUGAAUACAACCAGCAUGUGGAAGCAAAGACAGUUUGCAUUUGUAAUAUAAAGCAAAAUUGUAUUUAACGUACAUUAUGGAAUUUUAAAUUGGCAACAACUAAACUUUGAAGGUUAUAUUAAUUUACAGAUUCCUGUGGAUCCGAACACAUAAUCUGCAUUGUUCAGCUGAAAAGCUCAAUAGAAUGGGUGACAGUUUUGGGUGGUUUUCCCUUGAAAUGAUAAUAUUGAAUCAAGAACCAGCACUUUAUAUUCACUUUUUUUUUAAUUCUGCCUAAUUGUGGACAGUGAGAUGUAGGUAGGUUUCUUUUAAAAAAUUAGAAAUUUGAAAACAUAGUAGUUAGGUUGCUUUUCUUGCUCCUCUAGCAUUGUCCAGGCAAGCUGGCUUCCAGGUCAGAUGAGAUUGGGAGGAAAUGCCUGCAGUAAGAAAAGGCCUUUGUGCAGUGGAUGACAAUGACUCAUAAGGACAUUUGCUCUCAUUUCUCCAGCUCUGGCUCUUUCUCUUUACUUUGAUCUCCUGCAGGCAAAUGGGCAGUCAUCUGUAAUUCUGUUCUGUGCACAGUUAGAGCAGCCUGGGCCCCUCGCCUGAUCACUCUUGCAGGAGAACUGACUGAAUCAGAUCCCUGAAUCCCCAGGACUGAGGACGCUUGUGAGGCUCCACUAAGCAGCCAGCUGGCCUCUUGCACUUUCUUGCCCUCUGGCCACAUGCUGUGUACCUACCACUUAAUUACCCUGUGUUAAUUGCUUUUGUUGUGUUGGGUCUGUAUUGUGGUCAUUGCCUACAGACAGAAAUGUGAAUUAAAGCAUUUGAAAUGUU